CAUGCAUGAACAUACAGCAUGUAAAGCAGGUGAAGAGUUCAUCCACAGCAUCAAAAAAAAAAGUCCACUAAUCUUUGAAAGACUGUUUUACAUUUGCUUAAUGUUACACAUGUGGGUGUGUGUGUGUAAACACGCACCUCUGUUUGUGGCUGUGUGGGAGUCUAAGAGAGAGAGCAUGAGAUGAGUUAAUGAGAUGGACAGAUUGUGUGUGUGUGUGUGUGUGUGCGUGUGUGUGUGGUGUGUGUGUGUGUGUGCAGGGGGUGGGUGCAUUAGUCUGUGUCAGACAGCAAAGAGUGCCGCAGUUAUCUAGGAAUCUGAGCCAAAGCAACCUCACUAACAGACAGAGAGCACACGAAAGAGGAGGACUGGGAGUGAGAUGAACUGAGGGAAAAAAUAAAGAAGAAAAGGAUGAAUGAAUCACAAAUAGUAGGAAACAAGACAGAGGACGACGACAAUAGCAAGAUCUAAACAAAAAGGACAGGUCAGCACUCUCCACCUGAAGAAGCAGUUGUUGAGAUAAACGAAAGUGAAGAGAAAGUUGUCUAAGAAUCAUCAAAAACAAAAGGACAAACGAAAGAAGGUUUUCCUUCUUGACCACUGCUCAAGAGUUGAAGACAAAGGUCAGGGUGAUCCUGCAUUUCUGCAUUUUCCUAUGGUUCCACUCGGUUCUCUCAGUUUGCUUCCUCUGCUGUCACUGUAUGUGGCACUGCUGUCCUCGGAAGCGUCUCCAGACUGCACGCACCCUUCCUGCAGAGACAUGCUGGUGGCUGCACCCAUCCAGCCCAGGACGGGAGCAGGAGUGGGUAUUGGGGCCUGUGAGGGUCAAAGUGGCACAACCUCCUGCAAGAUGAGGGUUUCACUUCCGGCUAUCUCAGACGUUCCUCGGAUAGUGGAGCACAGGCACGAGUUUCCUCAGGUUCAGCCUAUGACUGGAGGUGUCAAAGAGCGUCUUGUUCAGCUGCAGCGCUGCAUGCGCUCUCUUCAGGAAACAGGAGGCCCCUGGAGUCACGGGGGCCAGGAGAACAACUCUCUGGGAGCCAUCCUGGCACUAAUGGCAGCUGUGCUGACAGAGUGUGACCUCCACUGUCACAGCCAGGCCCUUGGGGCGAUGGCCAAACGACUCAAGAGUGUGGCUGUGGGAAGAGAGGGGGAGAGAGACCUGUUGCUUUUCCUGAAGAGCAUCACACAAUAUCCACCCACAGUUGCCCCCUUGGAGAGGUUCCAUCCUCAGGACUGUGCAGAGAUUUACAGGCUCGGGAUCAAAGAGAAUGGAAUCUACACCAUCCAGCCUGACCUACACAGGCCGGCAUUGGAGGCUAAAUGCGACAUGGAGACAACGGGUGGUGGGUGGACGGUGAUCCAGAAUCGUCGGGAUGGCUCACUGGACUUCAACAGGACAUGGCAGGAAUACCGCGAGGGCUUUGGCAGUCCUCAGGGAGAGCACUGGCUGGGGAACACAGCGCUGCACGCCCUCACCUCCACUGGCCAACACCAACUUCGCAUUGAGCUGGAGGACUGGCACCAGCAGAAACGCCAUGCUACCUACAACAACUUCAAAGUGGCCUCAGAGGCACAGAGGUACCGUCUAACAGCACGGGAGUUCUCUGGCGAUGCAGGCAAUGCGUUGAGCUACAGCAAACGUUACAACCAUGACAGCAGAUCCUUCAGCACGGCUGACCGAGACCACGACCGUUAUGCAGCUGGAAACUGUGGUCAGUACUACGGUGCAGGCUGGUGGUUCGAUGCCUGCCUGGCAGCUAACCUUAAUGGGCGAUAUUACCGUGGGCGCUACAGUGGGGUGACCAACGGGAUCUACUGGGGGACAUGGUACAUCCUGACAGAUGGACGAACUGGAGAACGCUACUCCUUCAAAAGGGUGGAGAUGAAGAUGAGACCCAGAAACUUUGUCAGAACAUCCUAAGUAAUGGCAACAAUUCUCACAGAUAAUCAUGUCAGUUUUCUUUAGGUCACU